CACGUUUCAUUCCAAAUUCAUAUAGUACUUCACGGUUUUGCUGAUCACUGGAAAACAAAAAGCAGCAGCAGCAGGAGGAGGAACGUACGAAUGGAAAUGGAAGAAAAAGAAGAAGCAAAAUGUUCAUCUGAAAACAGAUAUUGGAUUUUGAGGCAUGGCAAAUCCAUUCCUAACGAGACUGGUCUCAUUGUUUCUUCUCUGGAAAAUGGGAUACGACCAGAAUACCAAUUAGCAGCUGAUGGUGUCACUCAGGCGCAAUUAGCCGGGCAAUCGUUCCUCAAGGAUCUGAAGGAAAGAAAAAUACCAGUUGAAAGUGUCCGCAUCUGCUACUCUCCAUUCGCCAGAACAAGUCACACUGCUAAAGUUGUUGCAUCGGUCUUAAAUAUUCCAUUUGACGGUCCUCAAUGUAAGGUGAUUGAAGAUCUUCGAGAACGUUACUUUGGUCCUUCAUUUGAACUUAUGUCACAUGAUAAGUAUCCAGAGAUAUGGGCACUUGAUGAGAAAGAUCCAUUCAUGCAACCAGAAGGUGGGGAAAGUGUUGAUGAUGUUGCUGCUAGACUUGCAAGAGCCGUGGCAAUCACGGAGUCAGAGUUUCAAGGGUGUGCUGUAUUGAUUGUUAGCCACGGUGAUCCCUUGCAAAUUUUGCAAACAUUAGUGGAUGCUGCUAAGCAGCACACUGGUGAUGACUUGGCGUCGAGAAUUCAAGCAGUUAAAGUCCCUUCAGUACUGUCUCAGCACCGUAAGUUUGCAUUGCUUACCGGAGAGCUUCGGCUUGUGAUAUAAUCAAUCAACACUUUGCACUCCUGGAUAUAGCUUACGGUUUUGGCAAAUUACUGAAUAGGUCGUUUGGUUUUGACCAAUUAUUGAUUGCUUUGUCAAACAAUAGAACUAGGGUGUGUAUCCAGUUCAAACCGGACCAAAUCAAACCAGAAUUUUAAUCUUUUCAAAUUCAAACAGAACUAAUAAUUUUUUGAAUAAUUAGAUAUUUCAAAUUGAA